UUUCAAAAUUCUGAUCAAUCCAACUGUAGCUACUUCAUACUUUUUGCUGUAUCAAAUGUGUGAAUAAAGUGUGCGAAUUCAAGAGAAUUAGAAAUAAAAAAAGUAAAAAAGAAGUAAGAAAAGGAAAUGGAGAACGGAGAAGUAGACAACAGAGGAGUUAGCUCGUCGGAAACCGUCAACGGCGGCGAAGAUGUAUUUAGUUCUAAAGAAUCCGAUGCUUCCACCGCCGAUCAUCUUGUUAUGAUGGUCCACGGUAUUCUCGGAAGUGCCUCGGACUGGAAGUUUGGUGCUGAGCAGUUUGUUCGGAAUCUUCCUGACAAAGUUUUUGUUCAUUGCAGUGAACGCAAUAUGGCUAAACUAACAUUGGAUGGAGUGGAUGUAAUGGGCGAGCGGUUGGCUGAGGAGGUUCUUGAAGUGAUCAAAAGAAAGCCAGGUUUGAAGAAAAUUUCUUUUGUUGCACAUUCUGUUGGAGGAGUAGUGGCAAGAUAUGCAAUUGGGAAAUUAUAUAGACCUCCAAGAAUGGAGAAUGUGAAGAAGUUCUCAGCCGAUGCCAGUGAAGAAGGGUCAAAGGGCACAAUAGCGGGCCUGGAACCAAUAAAUUUUAUCACUGUCGCAUCACCUCAUCUGGGUUCAAGGGGUAACAAGCAGGUGCCAUUUCUUUUUGGUGUAACUGCCUUUGAGAAAGCUGCCGGUCUUGUUGUUCAUUGGAUAUUCAAGAGAACUGGUCGACACCUUUUUCUUAAUGAAGAUGAAGGAAAGACUCCAUUACUGAGGCGGAUGGUGGAAGAUGAUGGUGAAUUACACUUUAUGUCUGCGUUGGGUUCAUUCAAGCGAAGGGUCGCAUAUUCAAAUGUUGGUUAUGAUCAUAUUGUAGGUUGGAGAACAUCAUCAAUUAGACGUAAUACUGAACUGCCCAAGUGGGAGGACUCCUUAAAUGAAAAGUAUCCUCACAUUGUGUAUGAAGAACAUUGCAAGGCGUGCGAUAGUGAGCAGAGUGAAUCUGUUGUAAAGGAAGAUGAUUGUUUUGACAAGCUAGAAGAGGAAUUGGUGACUGGUUUGUCUCGGGUGUCUUGGGAGAAAGUAGAUGUCAGCUUUCACAGCAGCAGGCUCAGAUUUGCUGCACAUAGUGUUAUUCAGGUGGAUGCUUCCAGUGGUCACAUAUACAAAACCAAAUACACAAGGAAACACUUUUUGUCCACCAUAUAAUGUCGAUGAGAGCUGAGCUGUUGUAAAGGUGUUAUUUGUCUUGUUGUUUACCAUGUAACGUUGAUCAGACUUGAGUUGUAGAACCUGUAAAGGUGUACAUCUUCAGAAUUUGGCUACUUUUAUGUUUAUAGCUUCAAGAGCAUUUGUGCACUAAUUUCUGAGUAAAUAUGUUUGUACUAGGGUAUAUUUUAGGCUUGGAGACUGAUGGUGAUAGGAACAACUUAGUAAUGAAUUUCAUGCCCUUUUAAAUCUUCAAAGUUGGCUACUUUUAUGCCUAUUAGGCUAUACAGCGUCAAGGCAUUUGUGCACAGAUUGCUGAGUUAUUAGGUUUUUAUGGGUAAUUUAUUGACAAAGAGUGGUCGUGGUGGGAAAAGCUUCUGUAAAAUUUUGACAUCCUUGGAGGAGCGUUUCUUCUGCAAGUUACGCGUGGUUCAUAUCUGCCGAAGUUUAAACCAGCUAUGCUAAAGGCACUAACACAGUACUACUUAUAUGUUUUUGGCGUCUG